ACUCAAACAGAGGGGGAGGAAGAAGCCAAAAUGGCGCUUCAGUCUUCAAUCGAUCCAAUCCAGGUGUUGUUAAUUAACGCUGAGGCAGGGACCGGCUCGCAUGUUUGCAUGUGGCAGCAGGAACAAAGGGGAAAAUCAACAGCACAAAGUUCAGCGACCAAGUGGAGCAAGAAAGAGGAACAAGACAAGAGUGUUGGAGAGGUUGGUGGAGUUAAGAGCAGCACUUCAGGAUCGACCGCUAUAAGGAUUAUACUCAAGCACGGUGGAGGUGCUCUCAGAUGGAUUACGCCAUGAAGAUCCUCACUCUGCCGACUCCAUCUUCCCUAUCCAGUUCUGUGACAGCCAGCAUCUCAGCUGGAGCCUCGAUGACUCAGCAGCUCCUGACGGGUCGAACUCCUCGGCCAAAGCCCUUCAGGGUCUCAAAUGCCGACCGCAGCGUGAAGAAGGGCAUCAUGGCCGACACGCUAGAAGACCUGAUUAACAAAGUCAGGGACUCGUUAAGUGUACCAUGUGUCGGCGCCCUGGUGCUGGAUGAAGACGGCACAGGGGUGGACACAGAGGAGUACUUCCAGACGCUGCCUGAAAACGCUGUCCUCAUGGUGCUGGAGAAUGGAUGCAAGUGGACCCCAUCUCCGAGCAGCCCCUCCAGAGGUCAGCUGAGUGAGUGCAGGCCACAGCAGCGGACAGAUGUGGCCAAGCUGACUUUUGACCUCUACAAAAACAACCCCAAGGAUUUCAUCGGCUGCCUGAACGUGAAAGCAACCAUGUACGGUGUUUAUUCUCUGUCCUACGACCUGCGCUGUCACGCUGCCAAAAACAUGCUGAAGGAGGCUCUGCGAUGGACCAUCUUCACCAUGCAGGCUACUGGCCACAUCCUGCUGGGCUCCUCCUGCUACAUCGAGCAGCUGCUGGAGGAGGAGGAGCGAGCGGAGAAGAGGCUGGAGCUGCCGCAGGAGAGUCGGUUCAGGCAGCUGCAGAGCAUGCUGCUGGGGAAGAUAACAUACUGAUGAAUAGUGGAGCUGACAAGGUUCCACUAUGGGAUGUAGCACACAAUGUAGAUGGUCACAGUUGAAACUGGUGAUCUUUACGUUCAGUUUGCGGACAUUGCAUCUGUCUCACUGUCACUUUCUUGCUCUGUUACAUUUUUCUGCACUUUAUGUACACUGAUACUACACUUUAUUCACAGAAAGCACUUUUACUCACUGAUGUAGCUUUUUCCUAUGAUGAUGAAUAAAUUAAAGUAAAACUUAUUUUAAAGAGGA